AUGAUCGAUUAUGUUGUUUGCCUCGCAUCAAUAUAUACCGUACUUGGUAUUACAAUCGAUAGGUAUUGCUCAGUAAAGUAUCCUGCAGCUUAUCGAAACUGGAGGACACCAAAACGUGUCAUUUUCACUGUAGGAAUUAUAUGGCUGAUUCCAACAAUAUUAUUUGGCUUAUCAAUAUUUGGUUACGAUAAAUUUACGGGUAAACGAAUGUUGAAAGAUGAUGAAUGCUAUGUACAAUUUAUGACAAAUCCAAUUUUAAAUAUGGGAAUGUAUAUUUCAUAUUAUUGGUCAACAUUAUUUGUUAUGUUAUAUUUAUAUUGGGGAAUAUAUCGAGCGGCGAAGUUAUUAGCAACUAAAAGUGAACAGAAAAAUAAACGAUUAGCAAUGUUAAAUGAAAUGAGAAAGCAUGCGAAACAUGAAACAAUUUCGUUAAUAGCAUAUAAAAGUAGCGAACAGGAAAGUCAACCGGAAGCUUCAUCAUCACAUUCAAGGAUUAUCGUUUGCCUUCUUUUGUAUUUAUUCAUUUCCUAA